AUGCCGCCAACACUCAUCCUUAUUCGCCAUGCGCAGGCGCUGCACAACGCUACUAGCGAUUGGUCAAUCCACGAUCCACCACUAACUGACCUGGGUCGCCAACAAAGCUCCGAACUUCAUGAGAGUUUGAAGGCUAGUGACCUCGCCAACAAGACGGAGCUCAUCGUCGUCAGUCCAAUGAGGCGAACACUCGAGACAAUGACCAUCGGCCUGGACUGGUUGAUUAAGAAGGGCAUACCCGUUCACCCUGAUGCAAACUGGCACGAGAACGCUGACAAGCCCUGCGAUACUGGCAACACCAUGGACGUCAUCUCCAAGGAGUACCCUCAGUACGAUUUUUCUGGUGUAGAUCCGUUGUACCCGGACAAGACUAGCAAUCUCAAGACCAACCCUUACGCCUUCACCCAGAAAGCCAUUGUCGCACGUGGCCAGACUUGCCUCAAAGAUCUAUACAACAGGCCCGAGAAGGUCAUCGCUGUUGUGACACACUCUGGUUUCCUACGAACGGCGGUCUGCAACCGCAUGUUCUUCAACGCUGAUUGGCGCGUGUUCGAGUAUGACGAAGAAGAGACUAAGAAGCAGGGAAAAUAUGUUUUAAAGGAGUGGGAAGAGACCGAGAAGAAGGGUGGCGGCAUGGGCAGGAGCGAUGUUGGAGUGUUUGGCAUCGUGGAAGGCGACUUCCCACCCGAGGUCGGGGAAGAGGAAGCGAAGACAGACCCGCAGGUGGAAGAGGUGGGCGAGGCCAACAAGCAGAUUCCUGCGAAGAAGAGUGCUUGA